AUGGCCUCGAUCUAUGAGAAUUCGCUGCUCACUAUCGCCGCCACAAAGGCUUCUGGCCACCAAGAAGGUCUGCACGCUGAAGAAGACGAAGAGGCAGUCUAUCUGGAGUGUAUACCAGCGUCUGAACUAGGACAUGGACUCAUCGAUGACAUUUGGGUGCGCCUCGCCUACCCAAACAGCUGGGAAGCCAUAAAUCACUGGCAUGAUGGCAUCAAUGCAAAAGACAACGAGCAAGAGUGGCCUCUUCUCACUCGAGCAUGGGUGUUUCAAGAACGUCUUCUAUCGCCUAGAAUGCUUCAUUUUGCCAAGAGAGAACUGGUUUGGGAGUGCCGGGCCUGCGUUUCCUGCGACUGCGGCAAGGAUCAUGGCAAACCAAGUGAUGAUCUCGAGUUUCGAAGGCUGGUCAGUAGUCAGUCGAUCAAGACCAGCGAUGUCACACCGAUGCAGUUGAGAUACCUUUGGUACGCCAUCGCGCAAAGGUACUCACACGUGAUGGGAAACUUGACACACGAGAGUGACGUCUUUCCAGCCCUCUCUGGUCUCGCCAGUCGAAUCUCAGGGCUUCUCAACGAUGACUACAUGGCCGGGCUCUGGCGUAGCAAUAUGGUCGAGGGCCUGCUCUGGACCCGCGAUACCAAACACGGGUGCAGGAAAGACGGCAAACCAAAAGAAUGGCGCGCUCCAAGCUGGUCGUGGGCAUCUAUCGUGGGCGAGAUAGUCUACCAGCACAAGGGCCGAUCCUACUUUGGAUCUGAGCUCCAGGAGAUAUACACAAACGCCGUCAACGUUUACUGCGACCCAGCAGGCUUGGACAGGACAGGAGAAAUAUCCUCGGCUAUGUUGACACUUUCUGGCUGGACAUCCCCUGCUACACUACGAAUACGCCGUACAGAACGACGAUCCAUGCGAUCAGAUGAACCAAUAGUCGAGGUCUCCCACACUCUUGUCCGGUACCAUAGUGGCGAAGGAACAAGAUUUAUCCCUGACCACCCUGAAGACAUGAUUGACGGAACCGUGGUUCUCUGUAUGAGACUUGCCAAGAUUGGGGGCCGCGACUGGUACAUGGUUCUCGGAAAAGAGUCACCGACGUCGACGAAUUACAAGAGGCUGGGGUUGUUGGAAGGGGAAAAUGUGACUUGGUCCUGGUUUUCCCCAGCAAGUUGGCGCCGGCGAGCUGAGGAACGAUUUCAUGAGGAGAAGAAAGUGAUUUAUGUUGUAUAG